AUGAGCUCCUCAGGAAAAACACCCGAAAACCUCGCUGAACUGCAGCCCAAGAUCAGCAACACCGGCGCGUCGCACGGUGUGGCAGGACUGUCGCAGCAUCGCCACAGUGCAGAUGCCGCGAGCCGACGUCAAUCCAUUCAUGACCAACAUGCCAAGCCGGGCCUGUUUGGGCAAGCAUUCCACAGCAUUCUUGGGCGGCACGCCAAGUAA